AUGGCUACACCUACUAAUGGCCACCAUGGCCCAGGGCGGAAAGAGCCAUAUCCUCACGUCGACGACUUGACCUCUGUCACGGUGGACCUCGAUCCGCACACGCCCCUGCGCAAGGUUCUCGAGACCGGUGAUGGCUGCAUGCGCCAGGCCCUCACAUUUAGCGAUUUUGGGCGCAAGGACCUUGCCCUGCGCGAAUAUAUCAAGGCAUUCACCAUCGCCGUCGAGAACAUCCCGAAACAUAAAGACUAUCCGUCCGUCAAGAACGAUCGCAGCGAUCUGGGAAGACUAUAUGUCGCCCUGAAAACAAACCUCACGAAACAUUCAGCACGAUUUGACCGAAUCAAGGCCGAAAUUCGGGAAGAUAAUAAAAAAAGCGGCGUACAACCGAGAAGCAACUCCGAUGCCCUUCUCAUGAACCUGCCCAGCGCACCUACAACUCUGCCGGGUCGCCAUAAAGCAAGCAACAGCGUCAAUGGAAUCGGUUCAUUUGGCUCUAAGCCACCAACGCCAUCGCCGGCAAGCGAGACUCUGGGGCACAGAAGGAACGGGAGCAUGGCUUCACCUCAUAAGAAUAGGCCUCCAAUUCAGCCAAAGCCCCAAGCGCUGCAUGGAAAUGCGAUCAAACCCGCAACGAACGGCGUCGGGCAAGAUUUGGCAAGCCGAUUUGCGAAAUUGCGGGUAAAUCAAGAUGCUUUGGCAGGCACACAAGUUGGCCAAGGAAAGCCAACAGGGCCCAGAGACAUGCCAAGUCGACCGCAAGUGAACAGCGCUGUCCCUACUAUGCCGAAGAUGCCCGACGCAAUAUACAGCCCAGCGCGAGGUACAGUCACCAGUGAGGUGGCAGACCUUCCGUCAAGCACGCCGAGAGGAAUGUUUAGUCGAACCAACUCGAUCGCGUCAGUUGCGCCAUCCUCGGCCAGGAACUCUAUUGAUAUUGGCGUACGACCUUCAACGACGGAGCCCUUCUCAUCGACAAACACUCCAAUGAAUGGUCCCACGGCGACACCCGCUUCACCACGGAUUCGGAUUCCAGCAGGUCCUACCAUUGGGCCCGAGGAGCUACGGGAAUAUAUGCAAAAAGGAGCCAACGUGAUUCGAAUGCUACUGAUAGACGUCCGAAGCCGGGAGGAAUUUGACGAUGGCCACAUCAUGUCACAAAAUACAAUCUGUAUCGAACCUUCUGUGCUCAGUCGUGGGCACAUUUCCGCGGAUGACAUCGAGGAGAGCAUGGGCAUCGCGCCGGAUGAAGAAAUGAGAGCUUUUGAGAACCGCGCCAAGUUUGAUCUUGUGGUUUUGUACGAUGAAGAUUCUGUCAUUUUGCCAGGUCGUCCCGUUGAGGACGAUCAAGCAACCGCACUCUUCACAUUAUACCAAGGCUUGGACCAAUUCAACUACGGGAGGGAGCUCAGAAACAAGCCAAAGCUACUACGUGGUGGCGUAGAAGCAUGGGCAGACAUGUUUGGACGACACAGUCUACAGGAGUCCAAAACAUCUGUAGCAGUCAGAGAUGGUAAAACUCGUACCAAUCUUUCCCGCUUCAGGCCAGAAUAUCGACGAAGAGGACGAGCCAGAGCUCAGACGAAGGCUCUGAGACCAGAAGAAAUCAAGGAAUUUGAAAAGAAAAUCAAAGAGGACGAAGCAGCAGCUAAAUCGCCACAAGAUUUUGUAAGAUCUACAGCAGACUUCCUUCGCCGUUACCCGUCCGCAUCGGAAAUCCAACAGUCGAUGACAGCUCCAGUCAUCGACACUCAAACGCCCUUCGAGACAGAUCUGCCACCGGCUCCCCCUGCUCGGCCGGCACCAUCUGUCCCGCGGACCAGCUACAGCGGUCUCACCAGCAAGACUGCUGCAGAUGAGGUCACUCCAGGUAAGGCUGCGCUGACGGACUCGCCUGCGAGAGACCGACCUACUGGCCUCAUCAACCCACACAUGAAUUGUUUCGCCAACUCGGCGAUACAAGCUAUACUGGCCUCCCCUGGCUUCGCCACGGAACUCGCAAGGAAAGAAUGGGCUAAUCAAUGGAAACCUGCCGUUCCGACACCUCAAUUGAUGUCUAGAAUACUGGGUAAUUUGAUAGAGUGGCUUGCUGGUAGGCAGUUUGAAUCAAUGCAGCCAACAACAUUCAUGAAAUACUGCCAAUCUAUACAUCAAGGGUACCGACUGCCUGGGUCUAACAGACUCUUCAAGUUUGGUGAUGGAACUCAGCACGACUCUUCCGAGUUCCUAUUCGAUUUCGUCUUUUCCCAGUUGGACAAUGAGACGAAUCGCAGCCGCGACACGACUUUUGUCAACUACUCGCAGCCAGGCGAGGAUCUGAAGAAGGCAAACAAGGAAAAGGCCCGGUUUUUAUCGCCUACGGAUCUUGCUAUUGAGUCCUGGCGACUGUACACGUCAUUUCGUGACACGAUAAUGACUUCUUAUUGGGGCGUGUUACACGUGGACAGGAACAUCUGCCAAACAUGCCACGAUUCCGUCGACAGCUUUGGCUACUCCAACUACUUGGACCUAGGCAUCUCAGGCUCCGAUCAUGACCGAUACUUGACCCUGAGAGAGUUGCUGGACGAGCAAUACAAUACCACAGAGCUCCGCCGAGCAGAUGGAGGGAUUGGCUUUGAAUGUGGUUCUGAGAAGGGCGAACAACACAUGUGCAAAGAAGCGUUCACAAAGCUUGCACGUCUCCCACCACUUCUUGCCAUUCGCUUCAAGAGAUGGGAUCACAGCGGAGCCAAAGUCCUGCGCAAAAUCAAGUUUGAGGUUGAGAAUUUGGACUUGAGCAAGUACACCCUGGACCAUUCUGAAAACAGCAACGCGGUGAAAUUCGAUGGUUUCGGCAAGGAGCACCUCUAUGAUCUCUAUGCCGUCAUCACGCAUGGAGGAGCAUCAUCCAAUGGAGGACACUACAUUGCCCACGUCCGCGACAAUGCCGACAAGGAGGGCGUGCGUUGGUUCGUCUGCAAUGACAAGGACGUUUACAAGAGAGUCGUGGGUUCGCGGACCAAUACUCCGCUCGAGAGAGAUUGGUACGAUUGUGCCAACAAGUUUACACCAUUCGUAAUCUUUUACAAGCGAAAGGACAUCCCGUGGUCCUAUGCCAAAGCUAUGCCGGGUCUCAAGUAG